AUAAGAAAAUGAAUAUAAAACCAUAUGGAACACCCAGAUUGCAGAGUAGGGCAUUCAAAACCAGCUGUCGACUAGCUAGGGCCAGGAGUAUAAUGCUUAUCAUACAGUGAACAAGUCAAAUCAUAUUGAAAAGAAAACCCAGACAAACAGAAAAUACUGGGUUGACUAGAGAAGUAAAACAGUUUUGGCAACUAUUUUUCUCUUUUGUCAAUAACCAGUUAUCCAUUGUGAGUAGUAUUAUUUUGAUAACCUUGGGGAAGUUACUUUAAACAAAAGAGGGAUUAUCGAGUAAAGAAAACAAGUUCAGGUUCAGCUGAACUACAGUCAUUGGAUCGGAUAUGGGUCAGUGGGCGCGGUGAACACAAUGCUACCUUUGGUUUUGUGACAGUGCUUUUGUUGUGUAGGGCUCUGUUAUUUCUGGAGUUUGUGGUUGGUGAGAGCAAAGUAGGCGUAAUGCUCUGUGGAUAUUAAGGUCUUCGUGUUCUGUUUCAUACACACCCAGCACACAUAUCUCAAUACUAGGCAACCAUUCUAUGUUGUCAUAGCAACACAUCACGAUGCCUGAAGGCCCGGCCUCUAACCAUGACCAGGAUGAUAGGGCCAAAGACAACCGAUUCACCAAUCACAUGCUGUGUGCGUCUGUUAUUGGAUUCGUCAUACUAUGCGUCAUAGUUGCAGUAGUGCUGGUCUUGGCACUGUCGCCUCCGACACCAGUCUAAUAUCAGGAGACACAUGAGAAAGCGAAAAGCAAGUCCCAUUCCAACAGAGACAGCAGCAUCAUAUGAAAGAGUGAGACAGAGUCAACCAAAUGGUUUCAAAAUACAAAAUACAGUGUCCAGAGGUAAGGGCGUAUUUGCCAACAAGGAUUUUGAGGAAGGGGAGUUCUUAUUAACUUGCCAUGGGGAGUUAGUAACGGCAGAGGAAGGCAAGAGGAGGGAAUGUAUAGAACGAACUGGAUAUCGCAGAUUCUUUCAAUGUCACCAUUCAGGAAAAACAGUUAGAAUGUGCGUUGAUGCCUCCCAGGAUUGUAUACAUGAAGGCCUAACACUUGGCAGACUUGUCAACCAUGGAAGUCAAGGAAGGAGAAAUGCUGAAAUGAACAUUGUGGUGAUUGAUGAGUCCCCAACAGCUUGCCUCUUUGCUUUGACCAAGAUUCGCCAAGAUGAAGAGAUUCUGUAUGAUUAUGGCACUCCUGAGGCUGGGUUGCCAUGGAAUAUACAAAAGAAAAUGCCCUUGCGUGGUGCUGGUGAUGUGGUCUUGCCUGUUGCUGGUGAUGGCGUCUUGCCUUCUGCUGAUGAUGUGGUCUUGCCUAAUGAUGCUGACUCGUGUGUAAAUGAAUCUGACGUUGAUUCAAAUCCGUCUUUCAAUAUUCCUAUCAAACUUGAGCCAGAUGAUCAUCAAGAGAUGGUUUGUGCCACUUCUGAGACUUUAACGCUAUCUUCGUCAAUUGAUACUCAUCCUGAGAAUGGUGUACCUAGUCCUGAUGUUGAUGACGGAAAUAUUUUGGAAGGUUCCAAUGGUGAUGCUGUCCCAGCAGAGGGAUUCUCUUCGGACAACUCAGAUAGUGAAAAUUUGCCUAUUUUCUGUCAGCCAGUUAUAAAGCUGGGAAACAAAAGAGUUUAUAACAAACGCCAAGCAUGCCUUUUCUGUGGAGAUCUGAAAACUAAAAUAAGCAAACAUCUGCUUCAGACACACAUGGACAAAGAUGUUGUAGCCCAUAUUGCUGCAUUGCCAGUCAAAUCAAAUGAAAGAUCCAAAGCGCUGGAGCUUGUAAGAAACCGAGGGAAUUUUUUUCACAAUAGAAUGGUCUUGGACACAAACGAGGGAGAGAUCAUUUUGGUUCGAAGACCAUCUCCGGAGGAGUUUGACAUUGAAAUGUAUGGCCCAUGCCCGGAUUGCUUGGGAUUCUACCGACGCAAUGACUUAUGGAAACAUGUCAGAUAUCAGUGUGUAGCGAGGUCAGAUGAGAAGCUGGACGAGCAUCAUGGAAGGACUGUGAGAAGCCUGAAAAUGGAAAGUGAUGUCCUCCUUAAGAAAUGUGAAGGUGCCACAACGUUUGUAAGAUCCGUCUUGGAAUCUAUGAAAGAUGACGACAUCACUCAUAUCUGUAAGAAAGAUCCUCUCAUCAUUGAAUUGGGCAACAGUCGCGGUCGCAAGUGUUGCGGAAUGGAUGCGCGGAAAGGAAGGCAUUAUGUAGCUCAGGAAAUGCGACAAGCUGCACGCCUUCUGCAGAAUCUCAGAACUCUUGACUCAAACGGGAAACAUUCCAUUGAUGAGUUCCUCACACCGGACGAGUUUGACACUGUUAUCAGAGGAGUUCAGAUGACUGCAGGACAAAGUGAACAGAGCUGCCAGGACCUUUCGGUACGCACUGAACCGAUGGAUCGUCCAUCACUUGCACUGAAAAUUGGCCACAGCUUGAGCAAACUAGGAGCAAUUAAGCGAUACCAGGCGCUGAUGCAGCAAAACAAACUCAAAGAGCUGGAGGCUGACAGGUUUUUAACACUCAAAGAGGCAGAGUGGCCAGAGAAAGUGUCUUCGGAAGCCCUCACGACGAUGUCACAGAGGAAGAUCAACAAAGUUGUGGAGCUUCCUGUAGCAGCAGAUAUACAGAAGUUCUCAUCCUUUCUGCGGGAGGAAAUUAUGAGAACAAUCAAGCAGAUUAAGGAGAACGGACCAUCUGCAAGUCUGUAUCGAAGAUGUCAGGAGCUGGUUCUCGCUCGCCUCAUAACGUUCAAUAAACGGCAUGCUGGAGAAGUUGAACAGAUAAAGGUACAGACAUACACGGAGCGUCCACACUGGGAGGGUUCUAGCAUCCAAGAGGUCAAGAAGCACCUGACCCCACUUGAACAGGAACUUAUGAUUAAGCUGGAUAUGAUUCACACUAGCGGUCAAAACGGAAACAAAGUACCUAUUCUUUUACCAACAGAAUGUCGGCCAGCACUUGAGUUAAUGUUAUCACACCGUGAAGCCUUCAUCAGCAGCACAAACAAGUACCUGUUUGCACGACCAGGUUACGAUAGUAACAUUAGAGGAUGCGAUUGUAUGAGGGACCUCACUAGCGAAGCAGGUCUGGAGAAGCCGCACCUGCUCAGGUCCGCUCAAACGAGAAAGUAUACCGCCACGGUCAGCCAGAUUCUCAGUUUGAAGGACAAUCAGCUGGAGUGGCUAGCUGAUCAUCUUGGCCACAGUGUCCAGGUGCCAGGGGACUUCUAUCACGUGUCAGAACCAAGCCUGGAGCUCACUAAAAUAGCAAAGUUGAUGCUGGCUGUUGAGAGUGGAAGACAGGGAUCGUUUAGCGGGAAGACACUGGAUGAAAUUAAUUUGGAAGACAUACCAAUAAGUGUUGAAGAAGAUGAUGAUUAUGAUGACCUGUCCUGUUCACAACCAUCCACAUCAAAUAGCAAGUAGUCCCAAUCACAUCCAUCCAC